AUGGCACUCCAGGAACGGCAUCGAUGGAUGGCGGCCAACGUGGCCGCAGCCUUUGGCAUGUCCGACAGGGUCCACGUCGUCGAGCAAGUCUUGGGCGAGUACAAUAACCUUAAGAAGUUGAAUGACUUCCUUGAAGGCAAAAGCAAACACAAGCACGUUUUCGUGUACUACCAGCGGCCCGAUGUGAUCAACGACGCCAAUGAGCUUGUAGAUGCAAAAGGUGAUGCCAAGCUCAUGAUCACCACGGGUGAGCAUGAGGAUGUACGAAUAAAGAACCGAGCAGUUUAUUUCCUCCGAAACGUGGCUGAUUCCAAGCCCGUGAAGGCGGACGUCGCCUCUGACGGCGACCUUCUGUUCGGCGAGAUGGCAGCAUCUCCACUGGAGAGCCGGGACACACAGGGGCCUCUUGGAUGUCUUCAAGCCCUUAGUCAGCCAAGCGUCCACCGAUUGGGCCUCCUGCGAGGCGGAGCAAGCCCAUGA